AUGUUUCUACUGCCCAUACUCGUAUUAAACGUUGCUACCAAACUUUCCAGGCUAUGGCGAAGUGGAGACAUAGUAUUCCUGGACCACGUCUGCAGCUUCCAGGUCAAGCCUAAGAUCCAGAAGUUCCAGCUGUAUUUCGAAGGGAAGUUCUGGUGUCCUGGAUGGACACCUAUCAAGGGAGAAGGAAUAGCCCUUACACGUAGCAACUCAAGCGUGGUCAACAAAGCAGUUGCAGAUUUCCUGCAGAAGGCACUGGCCAGCGGCCUCACCACCGAAGACGAGGCAAGGGCAUGGCUGCAAACAGUAACAUCAGGGCGGGCGCCUCUCAAGUCGAAAUAG